AAGAAGGAGCACUGCUCUGUAUAUACUGUGCCCAGUGGUGAAAGUAAAACAUAAUUAUGAUGUUCUGCUGUAAAUUUGGUUAAAUAUUACAGUGUACAGUGAGUGAGCGGGGUGUGUCUCACUAUCUCACUCUGAGCUGAAUUUAUUACCUGUGUUUUCGGCUGUAGGUUCGAGCUGUUGUCUGUAACUGUAGUUCAUCUGAACUUUAACCCACUUAGUUAUCUCCGCCUGUCUUCCUUUGGUUACAAAAAAAAAGGACGUUUGUGGAGACCCGCUGAUUCGGGAUCGCUCUGAAACACGAUGUCCAGCUCCAGAAAAGUGGUCGAGCUCUUCUAUGACGUUGUUUCUCCUUAUUCCUGGCUGGGAUUUGAGGUACUGUGUCGCUACAGAAAUGUGUGGAACAUUGAACUCCGACUGCGUCCUUCAUUGCUAGGUGGAGUGAUGAAAGAGUCAGGUAACCGACCACCUGCAAUGGUCCCGAACAAGGCUGUGUACAUGCAGUCAGACCUAAAUCGUCUAGCUAAGUACUUCAGUGUACCAGUCUGCUUUCCAGAGAACCCUUUCGAGGUCAUGUUUGAGAAAGGCAGCCUCAAUGCUAUGCGUUUUCUGACCGCAGUUUCAGAAAAGGAGAUUUCGGGAGAUGUAAUGUUGGAAAGAGUGUCCAGAGAGAUUUGGAAACGAAUCUGGAGCAAUGACCAGGAUAUUACUCUGCCAGAAUCUCUCUCAGAGGCAGGACUCAAGGCUGGUCUGUCAGCCAGUGAGGUGGAAGAACUGCUCCAACUGUACAAAUCCCAACCUGUCAAGGACAGACUGAAGCACACCACUGAAGAAGCAGUGAAGCACAUGGCAUUCGGCUUUCCUCUCACUGUGUGUCACGUAGACGGAAAGGCAGAGGCGUUCUUUGGCUCGGACAGGUUUGAACUCCUGGCUCAUUGCAUAGGUGAAAAGUGGCUGGGACCUCAACCUGACAAACCCACGGCCAAAAUGUGAAACACGUUUUUUGCCAUGCACAGUGAUGUAAAAAUAAAAGUAGAUUAAAUACCUGUAAAGAGUUUGGACACCCAUUCAAUUAGUUUUUUUUUAUAUUGAAAAUGUAUUAUUGAAGACAUUGAAGCUAAAUUGGAACAUGUGGAAUUAUUUUAUAAACAAAAAGUAUGAAACAAAUCAGAAUAUGUUCUAUACUUUAGAUUUUUCUAAGUAGACACAUAAAGGAGUUUCUGGAGAUGCUGAACAACAGUUCCUGCUAUUCCUUCACGCUGUGAAGCUCCAGCUCAUCUCAAAUCACUGUCUCAAAUGGGUUUACGUCAGGGGAUUGUGGGAGACCAAACGCUAAGUGAAUUACAUGUGGAUCCCUUAAGUAAUUUUAUGUGUUUAAUACUUAACAAAAAUUAAGAAAGUAAUUAAAUAAAGAAAAAUACUGAAUGAAAAGAUGAGUCCAAACUUUUGACUGGUACUGUACCUACAGUGGAGCCCAAAAUUAUUCAUACCCCUGGCAAAUUUUGACUUAAAGUUACUUUUACUCAACCAGCAAUUUUAUUUUUUACUGGAAACGACACAGACAUCUCCCAGGAGAUAAUACGAUGAUGUACAAGAGGCAUCAAUGUGGAAAAAAAAAUAUUUCUCAGCUUUUAUUUACAUUUGAACAAAAAGUGGCAUGUCCAAAAUUAUUCAUACCCUUUGCGAACUGUCACAGUCUAUGGGAAAAUCCAAAGUUCUAUACCAUUCCAAAUAGUUCAAGCUGUUUUAAAGCCUCCUAAUUAUCCUGAUUCAUUGGGAACAGCUGUUUUACUCAACUCAACAGGUGAAAAACAGCAGCUCUCUGCAGUUGGUUUGUAGACAGCCAUGGCUAAGACAAAGGAGCUCACAAAGGACCUGCGGCUGUGCAUUGUGGCCGCUUACAAGUCAGGAAAGGGCUAUAAGGCCAUAUCUAAAUGUUUUCAAGUUCCAGUGGCUACAGUACAAAGUAUUAUUAAAAAAUACAAGAAGUUCCGCACUGUGGAAAAUCUCAGAAGGUGUGGUCGGAAGCCAAAAGUGACACCUGUGCUGGCCAGGAGGAUAGUGAGAGAGGUGAAAAAAAAUCCAAGGAUCACCACCAAGGCCAUCCUGGUGAAUCUGGGCUCUGCUGGUGGCAACAUCUCAAGGCAGACAGUCCAACGGACACUGCACACUGCUGGAUUCCACGAACGCAGAGCAAGGAGGACGCCACUUCUCCAGAAAAGGCACACAAAAGCCCGCAUGACCUUUGCAAAUGCUCGUCUGGACAAAGAAGAAGAUUUCUGGUCUUCUGUUUUAUGGUCAGAUGAAACAAAAAUUGAAUUGUUUGGCCAUAAUGAUGUAUCCUUUGUUUGGUGUAAAAAAGGAGAAGCCUUCAACCCUAAGAACACCAUACCCACUGUCAAACAUGGUGGUGGGAACCUAAUGUUUUGGGGGUGUUUUUCAGCCAAUGGACCAGGAAACUUGAUUGCAGUAAAUGGCACCAUGAAAAAAGAGCAAUACAUUAAGAUUCUCAACAACAACAUCAGGCAGUCUGCAGAGAAACUUGGCCUUGGGAACCAGUGGACAUUUCAGCGUGACAAAGACCCAAAACACACAGCAAAAGUGGUGAAGAAAUGAUUAGCGGACAAAAACAUUAACGUUUUGCAGUGGCCCAGCCAGAGUCCUGACUUGAAUCCAAUUGAGAAUCUGUGGAGGAGCUAAAGAUCAGGGUGAUGGCAAGGAGACCCUCCAACCUCAAAGAGUUGGAGCUCAUCGCUAAAUAUGAAUGGGCAAAAAUACCAGUGGAGACAUGCAAAAAGCUGGUCAGCAAUUACAGGAAGCGUUUGAUUGCUGUAAUAGCCAAUAAAGGCUUUUCUAUUAAUUAUUGAGAAUGGUUUGAAUAAUUUUGGACAUGCCACUUUUUGUUCAAAUGUGAAUAAAAGCUGAGAAAUAUUUUUUUUUCCACAUUGAUGCCUAUUGUACAUCAUAGUAUUAUCUCCUGGGAGAUGCCUGUGUCGUUUCCAGUCAAAAAUAAAAUUGCUGGUUGAGUAAAAGUAACUUUAAGUCAAAAAAGGGGUAUGAAUAAUUUUGGGCUCCACUGUAUAUGCUAAGAUGGCGUUUAAUUCAAAUGCACCUUAAGCCUUAUUUAAAUCAGACAAGCUUGUAUGCACUCUGGAUGAAUUAAAAUAUUUUUAAAGCAUUAAA